CCAACGACGUGUAUUAUAAUAAACAUAGCAUCCCUACUCCGACUGCCAUGCCUUUCCCUGGCAAGUUACUUUGAGGCCCACAAGGCCCCAUUCAGUAGACUGUCUCACCUGGCAACCUUACCUCACCCGGGCAGCCAUCUUGAUAUCGCCGUGCUUUAAGUGCCCUCCUUAAAGUGCAUAUUCUGUUAGGAAAACAACGCGUGCAGUUUUGCCAGAGAUUGUACAGAAUAAUGAGCUUGGUGCAUUAGGCUGCAGUUUCAGUGCAUCGCGAGGACCAGCAAGAACCGACGUGACGCGCAACGUUCGCAGUUAUACCAGUGGAUUUUAAUUAAAAUAAUUAAUACAGUUAUAUUUCUCUGGAAUAAACAAAGUUUCCGCUUGAUUAUUGAAAGUGUCUUGAUAUUUUUGAUUACCUCCGUCAUACUGGCAUCAGGAAAACGGAACGAACUGUUGCAUUGUACUGGGAGUUUUCGUUGUUUGAUUAUUCACGGGAAUUUUGAAAUACAGAAUUUUAUAACGUGCUAGAAAGUUUGUGGUGAAUUUUUCAGUGAUGAUGAAUUUGGUUGGGAGGCGAUGAUAUUUUCUUGUGCUAUGAAGAUCGUUUGAUCUCUUUACAGUGUUCUUGUGCAUGCCAUAUGUCAGUGCUCAAAUAAAUGUUAUGAUAUAUUUAGCUGAGUGAAAUUACUUGGGAAUAUAUCAUACCUGUGAAGAUUUCGUGAUUUGUAAGGAGUUGGGAAAUGCCAAGGGAGACUCGUUGAUUAAGUACAAAAGGAUCCUAAGCUCUUUGAACUCAAGCAAGAUGGGGUCAAAAAUUGAGUACGUCGAGUCGUCCCACAUGUAUGCGACUAAUUACAUACGUAAUUCAAAAGCUAUUGGGGUCCUAUGGGGAAUUUUCACCAUAUGUUACGCCAUAAUCGGCGUAGUAGCCUUCGUGACUCCGGAAUGGUUAGGAGAUUUGGAGCAUGAAAAUCCUGGAAGGUUUGGACUUUGGACGCGAUGCAGUUACGGUGGAAAUGGUGAACUCGGAGAGGAAUGCAUAGGUCGUCUAGACGAUCUAUCUACUAUUGCCAGUAUUCCUUUCAGAAUAAGUACCAUUCUAGUAGGUGUGGCAGUCAUUAUAGCUUUACUGGCCAUUUGUGCGAUGCUGUUAUUCUUUUUCUGUCAGAGCACAACAGUAUUUUACAUAUGCGGUUGGAUGCAUCUAAUAUCCGCUAUAUCUAUGGCGGGUGGAGUCUGUAUUUAUCCACUUGGAUGGGAUUCGCCAUUGAUCCGUGGAGUCUGCGGCGCUUCGGCAUCCAGAUACAAUCCUGGUGCCUGUGCCGUAAGGUGGGCCAUACCAUUGGCUGCUAUUGCUUCCCUGGAUGCUGCGACCUUGGCAGUCCUUGCUUUCAUCUUGGCCUCAAGACACGUGAGACUUCAAGCAGAGCCUUUCAACAAUGGGUCCUUGUACAAAGGCGAAGUAAAUCCUGGUUAUGUUAACGAAGCUCAGAGCGUUGCUGGAUCAAGGAAAUCUUUAUCCUUGAGACCUGUUCUUUUGGUAGCACCACCGGAACAGGACCGCUACAGUGAACUCUCCAGAGCUAAGUCCCACUCUCACCAUAGUCUUUAUUCUCCAGCGCCGUCGCAUCCGGUUCACACGAUGUCGACAAACACUUUAAGUCAUUCUCAGCAUAAUUUUCAACUUUGAUUUUAUUGACUGAAGCAGAUUUAACAGUUUCGGCUCCGGUUAAUAAGUCAUCGGUGCCUUUAUGCAUUUUUAUACGAGUUGUUGACUGACAAUCGUUUCCGCUCGUUAAGUUGAUCGAUCGUUUACAUGAUCUGUUGGAUUGAUCUUUAUUGUUUCACAUUGGAGAGUUAGUAAACGAAUUUGGUACAGUCGUAUUUUGUGCCUUUACUCGAAAUUCGUAUAUAUCGUAAUAUAUUAUACGUAUAUAUAUAUUAUAGUCUUCUCAUGAACAAAUUUUCAAGGGGCCAUCUUGCUAUGACGUUCAGUGUAAAAGAAUCCCCUGGACCUUAGAUUUUACUCGUAGAUUGACUAAUACCAAUAGCUACGUGUUAUCCUAUGUAUGCUAAUGAACAUUACCAGUUAGUUUAAUUGUGCGAAUGACAGGUAAUAAUUUUUAUAAACAUUUAAACCGUAUACUUAAAAUUGCGUUUAGUUUUUAAAUGCAAAAGUGGAGUAUGCAUAACGUGUUACGUAUGCUAUAUAGUAUAUAUAUAAUUUCUAUACUUACUUAAAUUUAAAUAAUAUACUCGAGUAUGUAUCUAAUGCUACUGGUCAGUUGUUAGUAACAAUGACAGUUAAGACUCUUAAUCUUUGUAACAUGAUUUUAUAUAUCGAGCCAUGAGAAAUACAAAUAUCAAAUGAUUACGAA